CUGAGAUUAAAACCUCAAUCUCUCACACUGUCUUUGAUUCCGACGAACACGCGUUAUGCAUCGUUGCUUCGCCCUAAAAUCAACAGCAGCGGCGCCGGCGACAGUAAAUUCUCCAUCUUCAACACCGUCAAUCCAAGGGAUUGAAACCACCGAGAAUUCUCGAGAGGAGACGGCGGAGUCGUCGAGUUCUAGAUCGACUACCCAAUUCUCACCGACUUUCGACCUCACUCGUGAGUACACUUUCGCACUCCAGACUAAUUCUUACAAAGAGAUAUGGACAAAGUUUCAUCAAAUCCACCACCAUAGCGGCCACUUGAGUACUCCAGACCAGUUGUCGCAGCUCCUCCAACCCAACCGAGCCUCCGUCGAAGAGGUCCUCCGAGGCGCCACACCCGGCAAUCUCACUCGCCUCGCCGGUGCUUACUUCGAUUAUAGUGAACACACUUCUAAUCUCUGCCUCUGCCUCCAUCGCAGUGUUGAACUUGCCAGAUCCCUCUACGCCCCAGUUCACGAACUCCUAGUGCUUCUUCCUCUUGACUUCGAUCUUAUUACACUUACCCAGCAGCAAUGCAACCGGACAUUCGAAGUUUUCCUUCAAUUCGAGUCCCUCGACAACCCUUUCCCUAACCCAGAUUCUAAUUCUAGUAGCUUUAACGACAUGCGCAGCUGCUUCUCUCAGAUGAAGCUACAGCUCGACCUUCAUCUCCACAAAUCCCGCAAGAAGGUCCGUCUCUUUCGUGGGGCCACCACUAGUUCCGGUCUUUGCCUCAUUGGGUUGACAGUCGGUGUGGCCGCAACUGCUGUCGCCAUUGCUACGCAUGCUCUAGCCGUGGUUGUGGCUGGGCCCCUUUUCGCUUUCUUACCCACCCACUUCACCAAGAGGGAGCUCGAACAUAUUGCACAGCUUGAAGCUGCGGCUAAGGGUACUUACGUCAUCAACAAUGACCUCGACACCGUUGAUCGUCUUGUGGCUCGCAUGCACGCUGCGGUGGAGAGUGAUAGGCUUCUAAUCCGCUUGGGCAUAGAGCGGGGGAGGGAUAAGUAUCCUAUUCAGGAAGUAGUGAAGCAGCUUCGCAAGAAUCAACCCAAUCUGCUGCAUCAGCUCAGAGACCUGGAGGAGCACCUGUGUCUUUGUUGUACCACAGUUAACAGAGGUAGGUCUCUCCUCUUACGAGAGAUUCUCCUCCACCAGACCCAUAAUUCCUGACUAACUUGGCGAACUUCUUAUGAAUUUUUUUUUUCUU